CCCUGCGCCCCGCCCCACGGGCUUGCUCGGUGGCUCCGGCUCCUCCCGACUUCUCCCGGCUCCUCCCGGCUCCUCCCGGCCCUCUCCCGGCUCCCUCCGGCUUCGGCUCCGACGCGGCGGCGGCGGGCAGUUGCAGUGGUGCAGAAUGGCUGACCUCAGUCUUGCAGAUGCAUUAACAGACCCACCUCCAGAAAUUGAGGAAGAGAUAAAACGGGACUUCAUUGCCACACUGGAGGCAGAAGCCUUUGAUGAUGUUGUGGGAGAAACUGUUGGAAAAACAGACUAUAUUCCUCUACUGGAUGUUGAUGAGAAAACCGGCAAUUCGGAGUCGAAGAAGAAACCAUGCUCAGACACUAGCCAGGUUGAAGGUACGCCAUCCUCUAAAGCAACAGGGCUAGCCAACGGUGAUCAUGGAAUGGAAGGGAAUGAUACUGCGGGAUCUCCAACUCCAUUCCUUGAUGAGAAAAUGACCUUCCAAGGAUAUCAGAACAUCCAGAACUGGCCAGAAAAUACAAACUUCUGCUUCGAACCUGAACAGUUGGUGAAUCCUACCCAGACUGAUCCCUUUAAGAUGCGUCAUGAUGAUGGCCUGGAAGAUUUUCUCUUUCUCCCCAGUGGAACAACCAAUGCUUCAGCAUUUACAGAACAAAAUGAUCCCCUGCAAGACAGUUAUGGUCUGUUUCCCUGUGACACAUUUGCUCCUGCAAAUGUUGUGCCUCAGGGGUGGCCUGUGGAAGCCCCAAACUCUCCACACCCGGAAUCCUUCAUUUCCCCGAUGGCUGUGACACAGCCUCUGCAGCCCACGGCAGAGCCAGCUGAAGAAGUAGAAGUGAAGAAGGGAGCAGAAGAGAGGGCACCAACAGAAGCAUUGGAAAUCAUGAUGGGACUGAAGGCUGAUGACAUGGCACCAUCUAGAGAAACAGAGAUGUCUCCAGCCAAGGACAUGGCACCAGCCACAGAAACAGAGGUGGCAUUGGCUAAAGACAUGGAACCUUCUAUCAAAUCAGAUGUGACACUGGCUAAGAACAUGGAAUCAUCUAUGGAAUCAGAUAUGGUCCUAGUCAAGGACAUGGUACUACCCAAAGAAACAGAAGAAGCCCCGGUGAAGGAUGCUGUUUUGUCCACAGACACAGAUGUAUCUUUAGCCAAGGAUAUGGUAUUGCCCACAGACACAGAGGUAGCCCCAGCUAAGGAUGCGAUACCAUUCAAAGAAACGGAGAGGGCACCACCUAUAAAAAUGGAUUUGUCCCCAGAUGAGGGCAUGGUAGCACCCACAGACAGACAGAUGACCCCAGCCAAGGGUGUGGAAUCACUCUCAGAUAUAGAAAUGGCACUGGCUAAGGACGUUGUGUCACCCACAGAAAUAUCCUCAGCCAAAGAGGCAGCCUUGUCCUCAGAAACAGAGGUGGCCCUGACUGGGGAUAUGGCACUGCCCCCAGAAACCAAGAUUUUCUUGACCAAGGAUGAGGCACUGCUCCCAGAAAUGGAAGUGGCCCCAGUCAAGGAUAUGGCUCCACAUCCAGAUACAGAAAAGGCCCCAGUGAAAGACAUGGCUCCAUCCCCAGAAACAGAGGUACCCCUGGGCAAGGAUGUGCUUCUACCCCAAGAAACAGAUGUGGCCCUGGGGAAGGACCUGGCUUCACCUGUAGAAACAGAGAUGGCCCUGGGCAAGAAUGUGGCUAUGCCCCCAGAAACAGAAGUAACCCUGAUCAAGAAUGUGCCUCAGCCUCCAGAAACAGAGAUCGCUCUGGCUAAGGAUAUGGCUCUGCCCCCUGGGACAGAGGUCACCCUGGCCAACAAUGUGAGUCCAGCCAAGGAUGUUGCACCACCCUCAGAAACGGAGGUGGCAGCUGUUCCAGCUAAGGACAUGGAAAUUGCGCAGACACAGGAAGAAGUACGUGAGGAGGCCCAGUUAAAAUCUCUCCGGGAUGAGGGGCCGUCAGCUGCAUCUACUUUUAUCAUUUCACCAGAACCAGUGACAGCUGUGGGUCAGAAGUACAACGUGCCAACAGAUGAGGAUUCUGUGUUAGAGAAACAAGACCAGAAGAAACCUGUCAGUAGUCAGCCUUCUGAACUUUCUUCAGAGAGCUCAGGAAUAAGUAAGCCUGAAGAAGGACGGCCUGCUGGGAGUGUGACCGGAAAUGACAUCACCGCCCCUCCAAACAAGGAGCUCCCACCAAGCCCAGAGAAGAAAACAAAGCCUUUGGCCACCACUCAACCUGCAAAGACUUCAACAUCGAAAGCCAAAACUCAGCCCACUCCUCUCCCCAAGCAGCCGGCUCCCGCCACCUUUGGUGGGUCGAAUAAAAAACCCAUGAGCCUCACUGCGGGCUUAGUGCCGGCUGCCCCGCCCAAACGCCCUGCCGCCACCACUGCCAGGCCUUCCACCUUACCUUCAAAAGACGCAAAACCUAAGCCUGUUGCAGAGGCGAAGAUUCCUGAGAAGCGGGCCUCCCCAUCCAAGCCGGCCUCUGCCCCAGCGCUCAGGCCUGGCGCCAAGAGCACCCAGACUGUUCCAAAAUCCACAGCAGCUGCAACUCCUGCCUCAGCUGGGCCAAGCAGCAGGAGCCCCCCUACACCUGUGCCCAAGAGGCCCACCACCAUCAAGACUGAGGGAAAGCCUGCAGACAUGAAGAAGACGGCCACGAAGUCUGCACCAGCUGACCUGAGUCGCCCCAAGAGCACCUCCACCACUUCAGUGAAGAAGAGCACCACUGUCCCCGGGGCAGCCCCCGCAGCAGGGGUGGCCCCUGGCCGAGCCAAGCCCACACCCACCCCUCCUCGGCCCUCUGGGACUCCUUCCUCAGACAAGAAGCCCACAUCAGCCAAGCCCGGCUCCUCUGCACCGAAGCCGAGCCGCUUGUCUACCAACGCUUCCACCCCUGAUCUGAAGAACGUCCGCUCCAAGGUUGGCUCCACGGAAAACAUCAAGCAUCAGCCUGGAGGAGGCCGGGCCAAAAUAGAGAAAAAAACAGAGGCAGCUGCUACAGCUCGAAAGCCUGAACCUAAUGCAGUCACUAAAACAGCCGGUCCAAUUGCGAGUGCGCAGAAACCACCUGCUGGGAAAGUCCAGAUAGUCUCCAAAAAAGUGAGCUACAGCCAUAUUCAGUCCAAGUGUGGUUCCAAGGACAAUAUUAAGCAUGUCCCUGGAGGUGGUAAUGUUCAGAUUCAGAAUAAGAAGGUGGACAUCUCUAAGGUCUCCUCCAAGUGUGGGUCCAAGGCUAACAUCAAGCACAAACCUGGUGGAGGAGAUGUCAAGAUUGAAAGUCAAAAGUUGAACUUCAAGGAGAAGGCCCAGGCGAAGGUGGGAUCCCUCGAUAAUGUGGGACACCUGCCUGCAGGAGGUGCCGUGAAGAUUGAGACCUACAGGCUGACGUUCCGGGCAAACGCCAGGGCCCGCACCGACCAUGGGGCUGACAUUGUCUCCCGCCCCCCCCACUUCCCUGGCGGCCCCAGCUCAGGCACCCGGGCCCUUGGCUCCCUCACCCGGGCUGCUCUAUAGACCCCACACGGCUUGGGUGCUGGGCAGUCCUCUGGGCCCCCGCCCCAUCCCCCUGCCUUGCUUGCCCAUGGCAGUAGGCCCGCCCCCAGACCUCCUCCAGUCCCUGCCCUGGGCCCAGCUCCUUGCUUCCUUCCUGUCCCAUCAUUGCUCACUGCUCUGUAGACGAGGUUGGGAGGUGAAUGGGAUGGGGAGGCCAACUUGGGAUCCUGUGGGAUCUAGGAGGGGGGGAUCCAGAUUCCAACCUCGUCUUUGGGUUUUUCGGACCAAACCCAAGAGAAACUGACAUACGCGCCCUCCUCGCCGGGUCCACCUGGAGGGAAGAGUGGAAGUGGAUGGCCACGUGGUGGCAGGGUGCUGCCCCCAUCCCCUGGAGCCCACUAAGCCACCGCCUCUCUCCUUGACCCCACAGUGGUGCGCCAGGUGCCUCUUGCUGCCCUGCCCCAAGUUAGUUAGGGGUUGGUUCUGCCUGUCCCCGCUGCUUCCUGUACCUGCCUAGCUGCUGCCACACUUCCCUUUCUCUUGUUUUAUCCUUUUUUUUUUUUUUUUAAUAACCUAAAAACUGGUAGAGGAGUUUUGCAGGUUGAAGCCAUGUCUAAAUGAAAGUUCUCAGUAGGUGUUAAAGGAAAUGGGGAGGGGACAUCCUUAAGCCUCCAGCCGGGAGGUCAGGCAUCGGGGGCUGCCUUGGCCUGGGCAGCUUGGGGCCCCAGAGUGUGUGGGCAGGGCGGGUGAGAUGCAGGGGCUGUGGCCUGGUGAGCAUAGGGCACACUAGGGGCUGGUCAGAGCGUGGACUGGUUGUUCUGGUAUUUUGUGUGUAUGCUGCUUUUCUUUUCUAACCAAGAGGCUGGUUUUGGUAUCUCUAUCUGUCUCAUUCCCUGGGAUCUAGUGGGAGAUAUAAGCUCGGGGCCGGAGAAAUAGGGAAGGGCUGUGGAGGUCAAAGUUCUCCAGGCUUGCAGGCCUAGGACACUAGAGCCCUCAGUGACUGGGGUGCCCCAGAUGUCCAGAACUCAUGUGAAUGAUGGGGAAUCAGGUAUGGAAAUUUAAAAAUAAAAGCAUGAGGCAGGCCACCUCCCUUCCCUUACAGCCUGACUGGAGAGUGGGGAGAGGCAAGGCCAGCCUGUGGAGGGGUGUCCCAGCCAGGGCCGGUCUUGGGAUGGCUGCAAUGAUGAGAAACCCCGGGAAUUGUAUUGACACGGAAGAUUCUUAUUGCACUUGUAUUUUUUUUUUUUUUUUUUUUUUGUAUUAAAGUUUGCAUGGUUUCUAAUAAAGGAUUAAAAUGUAACAGUUUGUAGUGAAAUGGCCGGGGAGUCUCCCAGGGCUUCUCCUCCGGAAGAGCAUUUUCUGCAGUGCAGACUUGCCCCGAGGAGGUGGCCACAGACUCGGCCCCUCGUCUUCCCCGCUGCUGCUCCCGGUGACCCUUGGAGCUGAGAAGGUAGGGGCUCUUGACUUAGGUUCAGAUUUGAUCUCCGUGUAGAGGGAGGGCAUCUGGGCCAGCAGGUCCUCCCACUUGAGGUAGCAUUUUCCUUGGGGAGGUUUGACGCCACAUCCCCAGCUCCCCAAGCACAUACCGUGGGGGGGGGCCUGUGGAGAAAGUGUUCCCCGAGCCAAAGACAAGAAUGCUUUGUGCCAAGGACAUUGGGGCACCCGUUUUGUCAGCAGGAGGAAGCGGCAGAAUGAAGUAGUAGACAGUGCAGGGCCCGAAGGUACCUGUGCCCUUUGUGUUAGUUCCAGGCCCACACGGAUGCUGAGGUUGACAACUGGCUCUGGGUCCACGGGUAGGGGUAGGAGAGGUGACCCUAGUAGAGCGCUCUCUAGGUGGGCUGGAGUGGUCGUUUUUCUGAGGGGUGGUCUUGUCCCAGCUCCCUUGAAGUGUCCCCCAAGCCAGAGAAGCGGAGAAGGCUGCCCUGACAGCUGGGGACCAGAGGCCCCUGUGAGCUGUUACUACCUGCAGCCGUUUGGGGGUGUGACAUUUCUGUACUUCCGGUUUGCUUAUGGCUCAGCUAUUGCCUGUGUCAAUCUGUGAUUCCGUUGUACCGAUUUCAAGAGUAAAUAAAGCUCGUGAUGUCCCA